UACCAUCCCCAUCAACGCUGUUCGGUCUCAUCAUCGACCAUCAGCUUUUUCCAUCUCACAAUCGACUGCCUCGAUCCCGAAGUACCUUAGUCCAACCUCCGAAGCUUCCACAACCCCCCCACCAUCUCACAAUACUGCCGCCUGAAACCGCCACUCCAUCAAGAUGAAGGUCGCAGCGUCGGCCAUGCUCUUCGGAGCCGCUGUGGCAGCCGUGCCACAGCAGCAGCAACCGCUCGUGCAGGUUCCAGCGGCUGUUCAGGAUGCUUUCAAGGCUGCCACCGACAAGGCAUCGUCUUGGAGCAAGCCAUUGGACAAGCUCAACCACGAGCUGAAGCAUCUCACCGAUGAAGCUCGACAGACCUGGGACGAGGUCGCCAUGAUGUUUCCAGAAGCCAUGAGCAAGGCAUCCUUCUUCAGCACGCCAAAGAAGCACACUCGCAAGGAGAAGAGCGAGUGGGAUUUCUACACCUCUGGCAAGGAGACUGAGGAGAUGUACGUUGUCAACUCCGAGGGAAAGAAGGAGCGUGAGCUUGAUGGCGAUCUCGAGAACUUCAACCUUCGCACCAAGAAGGUCGACCCUGCGAGCCUCGGUGUGGACAAGGUGAAGCAAUACUCCGGAUACUUGGACAACGAGGAGGACGACAAGCAUCUCUUCUACUGGUUCUUCGAGUCUCGCAACGACCCCAAGAAUGACCCUGUGGUUCUCUGGUUGAACGGAGGCCCAGGAUGCUCUUCUCUCACCGGCCUCUUCAUGGAGUUGGGACCCUCCUCCAUCGACAAGAACGGCAAGACCGUCUUCAACCCCAGCAGUUGGAACGCCAACGCUUCCGUCAUCUUCCUCGAUCAGCCUGUCAACGUCGGAUACAGCUACUCUGGUAGCGCUGUUUCCAACACCGUGGCCGCUGGCAAGGAUGUUUACGCUCUCUUGACUCUCUUCUUCAAGCAAUUCCCAGAGUACGCCAAGCAGGACUUUCACAUUUCAGGCGAGUCGUACGCUGGCCACUACAUCCCAGUGUUCGCGUCUGAGAUUCUUUCUCACAAGAAGCGUAACAUCAACCUUCAAUCCGUCCUGAUCGGCAACGGUCUCACCGACGGUCUUACUCAGUACGAGUACUACCGCCCAAUGGCCUGCGGUGAUGGUGGCUGGCCCGCGGUCGUCGAUGAGCAGACUUGCACUAGCAUGGACAACUCCCUCGACCGCUGCCAGAGCCUGAUCCAGAAGUGCUACGACUCCGAGUCCGUCUGGUCUUGCGUUCCCGCCAGCAUCUACUGCAACAACGCCCUCAUCGGCCCAUACCAGCGCACUGGUCAGAACGUCUACGAUGUUCGUGAGAAGUGCAAGGGCGGCAGCUUGUGCUACGACGAGCUCGACUGGAUUCAAGAGUACCUCAACCGUGACUCUGUCAUGAAGGCCCUGGGCGCCGAGGUCAGCAAGUACGAUUCCUGCAACUUCGACAUCAACCGCAACUUCUUGUUCAACGGCGACUGGAUGCAGCCAUACCACCGCUUGGUGCCGGAUAUCCUCAAGGAGAUCCCAGUCCUCAUCUAUGCUGGUGACGCUGAUUACAUCUGCAACUGGCUCGGAAACCUUGCUUGGACCAACGCCCUUGAGUGGCCAGGCCAAAAGGCGUACGCAAAGGCGCCGAUGAAGGAUCUCACUCUUACUCAAAGCAAGAACAAGAUUGGUUCCGUCAAGUCAUCGGGCAACUUCACCUUUGUCCGCAUCCACGCCGCUGGCCACAUGGUUCCGUACAACCAGCCUGAGGCGUCUCUGGACAUGGUCAACCGCUGGUUGGGCGGUGAGUGGUUUUAGACGGGGGAAGCCUGAUCGAAGCAUGAUAGAAUGUAUCUAUAAAGGUCGAUAUAGGAUGGAAU